AUGGCCACCAACCCGCAGCCCCCGCCACCCCCGCCGCCGCCCCCUCAGCAGCCGCCGCCGCUGCCGGGGGCCGGGGCCGGAGCGGGGGGCGGUGCGGCCGAACCCGAGCUGGUCUCCAUGAUCGUGAACCACCUCAAGAGCCAGGGGCUCUUCGACCAGUUCCGCCGCGACUGCCUGGCCGACGUGGACACCAAGCCUGCCUACCAGAAUCUGAGACAGCGCGUUGACAACUUUGUUUCCAAUCAUUUGGCGACUCAUACCUGGAGUCCUCAUCUCAACAAGAACCAGCUGAGAAAUAACAUUAGGCAGCAGGUUCUCAAGUCUGGAAUGUUGGAAUCUGGAAUUGACAGAAUUAUUUCUCAGGUUGUGGACCCAAAGAUCAACCAUACAUUUAGACCUCAGGUGGAAAAAGCUGUCCAUGAAUUUUUAGCCACAUUGAAUCACAAAGAGGAGGCAGGGCCCAGUACAGCUCCGAGUGAGGAAAAAGCAGAUGCUUCUGUUACAGUGCAAGGUGUCUCUGCUACAACUCCUAGUGCUAACGUAGCUAGUGAUGCAAUGUCCAUUUUGGAAACAAUUACGUCUCUUAACCAAGAAGCAAGUGCUGCCAGGGCUUCAACAGAGACCUCAAAUUCCAAGAACAAUGACAAAGUUGCAAAAAAACUCUCAUCUCAGCAGAGUGUGGAUGGUAGCACUGAUAAAGACAAAAACAUGGAGGACUUGCCAGACAGAGAGAAAGCAAUUUGUGACCUUUCGGGAGAAGGGGCUGAAACACUUGCAAAGUGUGAAGAUGUAAAUGAGCUUCCCUACCAAAGUGAAGAAAUAAAAAAUUCAGCAAAGGAUACUAAUGUUUGGACUUUUACAAGUAAAGAUAUUCAACAGGAAAGUGAAGAUCAAAAGAGUAAAUUAUUGGAUAAAUGUGACAAGAAACCAGAGAGCAGUGAAAAAAGUGAAAGAAGAAAAGAAAAGAAAGAAAAACUUGACAAGAAGUCUGACCAUUCAAAGAAAAGCGAUGAUACUGCGAAGUCAAAAGAAGAAAAGCAAGCAAAAGAAUCAGAACCAGUGAAACAGUUAGCUCCAGAAAAAAAUAGCAAUAAACAUAAAACAACUGAAAGCACGAAAGAAACUAAAGAAGAAAAUUCAUUCAUAGAUUCAGAUAUGGAUGUACUCAGUGACAUCACAGUCAGCUCUGUCCAUACCAGUGACCUUUCUUCCUUUGAAGAAGAGAGUGAAGAGGAGCCUGUAAUUUCUGACAGUACUGAAGAGGGGGAGAUCACAUCAGAUGAAGAGGAGAAAAAGAGUCAAAGUAAGACGAAGCCUCACGCUCACGAGCUGAGCGAUGGGAAAGCCAAGCCCAUUCGCAACGCGUACGUUCACAAGCCUUUCCUGUACUCCAAAUACUUCAGUGACUCUGAUGAUGAACGAACUGUGGAGCAGCUCCGUCAGUCCAUUGCCAAAGAAAAAGAAGAGAGACUCCUAAGAAGACAAAUUAACAGAGAGAGACUUGAAGAAAAACGCAAACAGAAGGCUGCAGAAAAAACAAAAUCCCUAAAAACUGGAAAUCAAAAUGCUAAAGGAAAAAGUGGCUUGCACUUAGAAGAACCGCCAUCAAAAAGUCUGGAGUCAAAAGCUACUGGUACCAGCAUUAAGGAUGUGCUUAAAGAACAGAAAAUUUUAGAAAAAAAAGUGGCCUUGAGCAGAAAAAGAAAAAGAUAUUCAAGGCGUGCUGAAGAUGGCUGCAGAAAGAAAUAUGAGCCCUCUGAAGAAGAUUCUAAAGAAGUCCAAAAGACAAAUGAGACUUGUGAAAAAAAUUCUUCCAAAGAAUUGAAGCAUAAUCAUGGGAAAAGUGAAACCCCUAAACAACUUAGAAGACUUUCAGAGUGGGGGCAUUCAACUGAGGAAACCAAAAGUGAUUCUAAAGCAGAAAAAGAACACAGAAGAAAACCCUCCACUUCUCUUCAGGCCGAAGGAGUCCAGCAGGACAGUGAAGCAAGAGAUCCAAAAAGACAAUCAGAUAGAGCAGAAGUCAAUAGUGAAGAACCACAGAAGCAGAAAUCCAUAUCUAAAAAUGAAAAACACCCCAAAAAAGAUACUGACACAGAAAUUCAACAUACGAAAAAUACUGCCAAAAAAGAAACCAAGUCUUACAGAGAUAAAAAUGAAAAGGAAAGAACUGCUUUAGAAGAUAAACUUUCUUUAAAGCACAAACAUAAAGGAGAUGGUAUUCAUAAAUCAAAUGAAGAUGUUGAACUCCAUUCAUCUGAGAGAAGUUCGAAAGGAGAGGAUGGUGGCCAGAAACAUAAUCAACAAGUAAAGGUUUCCUCAGAUGACAAAUCUGAAAGGAAAAGUAAACACCGAAGUGAACGGAAAAUAUCAGUAACAGGGAAAGAUGGGAAAACCACUUCUGAAUCAGCCCUAAAAGCUGAAGAAUUGCUGCGGAAAGAAAAUAAAAAAGACAGACAUCUCUCAACAGAAAAAUCAAGAGCAGAAUGCAAGACGAAAAGGUCCCUGAGUGAUUCUAAACCACAGAAGGAUUCCCUAAGUGCCUCAAAGCAACUUGCUUCUGCAUCACACAGAAGGAGUGAAAGCUACUCAGAAGAUAAACAUGAAAUAGAAUCGACUAACUCUGAUUGUAAUUUAAAACAUGAAGAUGGCGUUCAUAAAGAUAGACGAAGAUCUAAGAGCCUUGUAGAAGACAAGAUUUUGUUAAAGUCCAAGUCAAAGAGUCAUAGUAAACAGGUCAAAGUAUCUGAAACAGAAUUACAGGAAAAUUUAACAAAACAAGAGAUUGGACAGAAAGACAAAGAUAAGAGCCUGGAAGACAGUGAUUCAGAUAAACAACACAAAUCCAAGAAUGACGACAAAGGUUUUGAGGAGAGUGGUGCUGAGUCUGAGCUUGUGAGUGGCACACAGUCAACUCAGGGAUCACAAAAAGACUUAAGUCACAGAGCUAAGUUACAUUCUGGAGAAAAGGGAUCCGUAAAAGAAAAAUAUAGAGGUGAUAGAGAUUUAAGUAAUUCCAAGCUAGAAAGAAGGUUCUCUUCUGAAGGUCACAAAAGCAGGAACUUAAAGCACAGCAACAAGGAAAUAAAGAAGAAGGAAGAGAGCGUCAAAUCGGAAGAUAAAGAUGCUAAAGAAGUGGACAGUGGGCAUGAAAAAGUAUUGAAUGUCACAGUGACAAUGGAUAAAAAACAAAGCAAGAAGGUAUCCUGUGAAAAUAGAAAAGGCAGUGUAUCAAACCAAGAUUUACUUAAGGAGGAAAAGCAAUCAGCCAGCACAACGGAAAGCAGCCAGGCUCCAGCCCCUCAAAAGGCAACUAUGAAUAAUGAUUCUGGUCAUGCAGAAGAACUGAUGGAACUUGAUUUGAAACAAACAAAAGUACAGGAAACAUCCAACAUGGAAGGAAAAAACAUUCAAAACUCAGUCCAAGCCGCAGAUGUCAAGAAUGCAGCAAAACAAAAAGCAUCUCGCUCUAUUUCAAAUAAGGGAAUAAAACACAGCUUGGCAGAUCCUGAAACCCGUGAAUCGCGAUUUCUACCCGCAGCUGAAAAAACUGUUGAACAAGAAGCUAUUUCUAAUAAACAAGUUGGUGCCUUAGAAACUUUGUCCAAACAAGCUUCCAUGGAUCAAGGACCCAGUAAAAAAGGGGCUUCUAAAAGGAGGCUUGUGUAUGAAACAAGUGGUAGAAUCUUACGCAAUGUGCCCAGUAAAGAUCAAGCUUCAAAAGAUAGCAGAAGACCAAAGAAUUCAAAAACUGUGAUAAAUUCUAAUUCAGAUGAUGUUCCUUUAGCAAUUAGUUCUUCCAGAGAAGAUGCUGCUGAUGCAAAGUCCAUGGAUAUGGAUGUCUCAGAUUUUACAAAUUCCCUAGGUAGUAUGUCUAAAGAAUGCCGUAAUUCUGGUGAGACUUCUUCAUUGAAAGACACUUCCACUUUGAAAAAUGAUGAAGCACAGGUUGUAUACAUGGAGCAAGAUAGUGCAGUGCCGAGUUCUGUCGUGAAAGAUGAUGGUAACAACACCAUGACAAACAGUAUAGGAAAAGAUAGCAAGGUCCCCCAGCCUGAUGAAGAGGCAAUGGAAGACAGUACAGCUGGGUUACCUAGUCAAGAAGAUUCUAAUGAAGCAGCAAAGUCGGAAAGCUCUCAGGACAGAGAGUUGAAAAUAAAAGAGGAAAACUUGAUGUCUGAUGUAACUGAAGAUUGUGGAGAUGUAACAGCAAAAGAACUUCCCCUUAGAAGAAAAGAAAGAGAGCACUUGAAUAGAGAGCCUUCCACAAAGGGAGAAAGAAGCGUAAUGAUGAAUAAUGUGGAAAAGAAUGAGAUGCAUGACGAUGAUCUGAUACAGUCUUCCUCUGUAGUAGUGCCUGAAGGAGUUCCUGAGGAAAGUGUCAAAGACUCUGUUACAGCCAAUGGGCAGGAAGGGAAUAGUCUGGUUGGCGUGGAAGACAAAAAUGAAAGCAAUGGAGUAGGUACCAGUGCAGGAAGUAGUAAACCUAGCAGCCUACAAAUAACUCCAACCACUGUGAUAGGAACUAGCACAGAAAAGAUCAUUGAGAGCACUGCAAUGGCGACUAGUACAGGAGAGGAAAGAACUGAGUGUGUAUCACAUUCUGAAAAGGGCAGUGAUGCUACAACCACUUGCUCAGAGGAAAGUGAGGUGGCGGCAAUCUGCACAAGCAUAGAGGCUGAUGAAGGUUUUACAACAGGCAUAUGGGUAAAAAGUAGUGAGAGCUGCAGUUUUGUCACAGGAGCAGAUGCUGGUGACUGUACUGUUGCAGCAGCUGAAGAAGGUGGUAGCAGUGUUGUCACUACAGGAUUAGCAGAAAGUGAAAGUUUCCUAACAAGCACAGAAGGAGAAGAAAAUGGUGACUGUACCAUGGUUGAUGCUGAAGAAAGUGAUAAGGUUUCAGUCAAUGCAAGCGGAGUAGAAAUUGAAGACACUGUGAAUAGUGCUGGAGCAGAAGAAAAAGAUGAUGCUGUGACUAGCGCAGGCUCUGAAGAAAAGCGAAAGACCUCAACUUGUGUAGACACAGGCAAACUUGAAAGUUCUGUAUCCUGCUUAGGUGAAGUGGAGAGCGAUGGAGCUGUAACUAGUGCAGGAACAGAAACAGGUGAAGGGUCAACCAGUGGUGACAGUUCAGGUGAAUUUAGGGGCAGUGUGACAGCUGGCCAAGUGAAAGAACAUGAAGGUACUGUGACUUGCACAGGUGCAGAAGAAAGAGGUCAUAACUUCAUAAUCUGCGCUGUGAGUGGUACAGAUACCCAAGGAGAAAGCACUGUGACUGGUGCAUGUACUGCAGUGGUCACAAACAACAGUGCCUCUACUGGAACUGGUGGUGACAAAUCCGAGGAUACUGUAAAUGGUGAAAGCGCAGUGACCAGCACAGGCAUAACUCCAGAAGAUGAUGCAGUCUGCACAGGGCUAGAAGACAGCAAUGAGGGAUUUGCAGUUUGUUUAGAAGCUGAAAAAUGUGAAAGCCUAAUGGACAGUAUAAGGGCAAAGGAAGAAGCCAAUAUCACUACAGUCAGUGUAGGUCUAUGUGAUGAUGAGGGAUUUGUGACUAGUACAGGCUCAAAAGAAGAGGAUGAAGAGGGUGAGGACAUUGUGACCAGUACGGGAAGAGGAAAUGAAGAAAAUGAGCAUGCUUCUACUUGUACAGGAAUGGAAAGUGAAAAUGCACUAAUUUGUAUAGAUGCCGAAGAAGGUGAAAGUUCCAUUAUCUGCAUAGUUGCCGAACAAAUGGAAGCUGAGUCAGGAGUGGCUGGCACAAAUACAAAUAAGCUUACUAUUGACAGCAUGACAAGUGCAGAGAAAGAAGCCAAUUCUGGCACGAGCUGUAAAAAUGAUAAGGGGAUUGUUGAAAGCAGCAUAACCAGUGCAGGUGCUGCAAAUGAGAGUGUCUUGGCAGCACAUACAGCAAAGCAUGAAGGUACCUUGCUUCCCGUAGUUGCUGAGGAAUGUGAGGGUCCCAUGACGAGUGCUAUGGCCAUGCAAGAUAAGGCCCAGUUUGGUGCUGAAGACAAACAUGAGAAUGCCAUGACUUCCUUUGACAGCAGAGAACUUGAUGCCUCUGUAAGUAGUGUAGUUCCAAAGGAAGAUGAGACUCUUAUUCCUGGUGAUAGAGAAGUAAAAGUAAAAGGUGAUAUCAUCUCUACUAGUACAGUGGAAGAUGCUCCCUUACAUUCAGCAGUGGAUGCUGAAGAAGGUCCACUUGCUAUUGGAAGAGCAAAUGAAAACAGGGAAAGCUCUAUGAUCUUAACAGACCCUGAAGACACAGAGGUGCCUAUGCCCAGUACAGCUACAGAGCUUAAAGAGUGUGUGCACAGUUUUAGCAGUAAGCUGGAGAAAGAUGAGUGCACUAUGAUUUCCACCAGUAUUGUGGAGGAAUUUGAGACUCCUAUGUCAAGUGCAGCUGUUGAAUGUGAUGGUCAGCUCUCCUCUGUGAAAACAGAAGAAAUAAAUGAGAAUGCUAUGGUUUCUGUAGAUAUGGAAAUAUAUGAGGUUCCCAUGCCUAGUGAAUCCAGUACAGGAGGAGAUGAUGAUGAUGAUGAAAGUCAUCCAACUGCUAGUGGUAAGGAAGAAAAAGAUGAGUGUGCUAUGAUUUCCACAAGUGUUAUGGAAGAACAGGUAAUUGUAAUGUCAGGUGAAGUCACAGAAGAGGCAAUUCAACACCUGUCAGACACAGAGUCAAAAAAUGAAACAGUAAUCAUCUCUACAAGUACAACAGAAUGUUUUGAAGCUCCUGUGUCAAGUGUAGCUAUGCAAGAUGAAAACAAACUCGCUGCUUCAGAAACAGAGGGAAGAUACGAAGCUGCUAUGAUCACUACAAGCAUGACAGAAGAAUGUGAGAUAGUCCUGAUCAGUGCAGCACCACAAGCUGAAAGUCAGCUCAUUGUAGCAGGAGAAGAAAAUACCAUUCUUUCUCCAAAUGCAUCAGAGGAAUGUAAGAUUGUGGAGACCACUGCAGCUGUAGAUGAACAGUUUGGACUAGCUGCUUUUGAUGCAGAUGGGAAAAACAAAGGUUCUGUGAUUUUUGUGGGAGAAUGUGGAGCUCCUGUGCUAAGGGUCGCCACCGACAAUGAAGAUCAACACACUGCUUCAAGUGAAGGAGACAAGGAGGAGGGAGCAGUGAUCACCCUGAGCACAAUGGAAGAAUGUGAUAGUCUCUUCACCUUCACAGUCAUAGAAGAAAGUCAACUUGCUGCUGAGAGUACAGAAGUAAAAGACAAAAGUGAAGAAAUUUUUAAUACUACUAACCAGAUUGAAUGCAUCCUUUCAUCUACAGGCCCAGAGGAGACCUGUAGGAUUCCCAGCAGGAAUUCUUUGCUUGCCAUUGGUGGGGAGAGUGAGACGCAUGAGAGUGGUGUGGGUGCAGAGUCGGCAGCGCCUCAGACCACAGUAGACAGUGAAAUCACAGAAACUGAUGAAAAUUCAGUGAACCUCAUGAGUGUAGAUGAAGCCCUUUGUGUGGAGAUUAGUACAGAGACUGCUGAGAGUCCUUCUUCAGAGGCACAUGAGGAUGGUGAGCAAGCUGAAGACGUUUUGCACGGGGAUGUUACAUCAGAACUCUCUUCUGUGAUUUCAGAAGCAGUGGUAGAGAGUGAAACUCAGAAGAAUGUAAGCUGUAAAUUGAACUCAAACUUGCUUUUAGAAAGUGACUUUUCUGAAAUAAGGACUCCCCUGCCUAAGGCACAGGCUCUUUCUUUAGUUUCUGCAAACAAAGUGACUGUAAACACCGAUCAUGGUGAAGUAACAAUAGAAGCAGAAUUAGGGCAGAGAAGUGACCUCCCUUUGUUACAUGUAGAAGAGCUAUGUGGCAGUGGUGAUAAAACGAACUUGGUCAAAAUAGAUGAUACUGCCAUUGAAGUUACUUUUCAAAAAAGUAAUGCAGGCAAUAAUGCAACUUUACCAAAGUUGGCAGAAGAACUAGAAUUUGAAAGUAACUUGAGAACUGACAAGUCACAACAGCCUGAAAGUGCAAGAAGUGAAGAGGGAUGUGUGGAUCUUCCUACUAAAGAAUUGCAAAAAGAUUUGCUGCAGAGGAAUGUUGCUUUAGAAAGAGAAACUUCUCAUGUGGAAAAUGUGGAUACCCAGAUAACUGAAGAACAUAGAUCUAGAGGAAUACAAUGUAAAUCUUCAGAAACAACAGGUAAAGAAAAAUGCAACCAGCUGAUUGCUCAGGAUGUAAAAAAAGAUGAACAAAGUCAGUGUUCCAAAACAAAACCUGAUAACAUGAAGGACGUUAUUUCAGGUGAUACAGCAGAAGUGUCCAAAGAAAUUGUUGUAAUGUGUACACCUCCUAAAGGUACUGCAGAAGAAAAAGAUGAAUUUAGCAUCGAAGAAGAAAUGUCUGAAAAUAAAAAGCACUGUGUAGAACUAAAUGAAAAUUCUCCAGAGGAAAAUCAGCCUGUAAUAGUGAAAAGGAAAAGGGGACGGCCUCGUAAAUACCCUCUUGAAGCAGUACAACCUGGUGGUGGGGAGUCAAAAGCUGAUAUGAGCACUGGGAAUCUGCAGUUUUCUACCUUUGCAAGUAGAGGGAAAACACCUCAAAUAGGUACAGAUGUAUCCGAUAAGAAAGAAACAACAAAUGAAGAUGAAGCUGAGAAGGCAGAAAUGGCUGUGCGUAAAAGGGGAAGAAAGUCCAGACGUUCUCUGGUUCAGUCAGAGGAAACUGAAACACUGGAGCCAGAGAAAAAACGUCAGAAAUUGUCUUCUGAAGAUGAACUCAAAGAGCAAGAGGAAGCUGAGGAAGAAGAUGGUGAGGAAGAUGAUGAUGCAUAUUCCAGGGCCACAACUAGAUCAGCCACAAGAUUAGAGGCUCAAAGAAAACAACCCAGCAAGCCAACCACACGUGCAACUUCUAAAGGCAGCAGUCCAAGUUCAGUUUCUCCUAGAAAACGACAGAAACUAGCAACUAAAAAAAGAUCUCCAAGUGAUACAAAAAUUAAUAAAUCUCCUCCAUUGACACAGUUAAAGGCGCAGUCUGCAAAGCGUAAAAGGGAGGACAGCCCAACAGUGGUACGGAGAAAAGGCCAGCAGAAAACAGAGGAAACACCAGUAAAGAAAGCAAAACGAUAAUCUCUACCAGCUAGUACUCUUCCUGAAAAAGUCAAAAGGAAGAAAAACAUCUGUGCUUCUAUUUUUUUUAAAGCAAAGGGAUUUGCACGUGCUUGUUUCAGAGCUCUAAGUUAAACAAUGCAGUACUUUUAAGUUACAUUUUAAACAGCUUUAUAAACUAUUGUUUAUACAGAAUAUUAUGUACAUUUAUUUCAGAUGAAAAAUAAGUUUACUUUGUAUCUGAAUGAAAAACAAAGUAGUUAUAUAUUUUAUCACUGACUUGGAAAGUUGGAGUUUCCCAAUGUGACAUGCUAAUGCAAAUGCUUCCAACCCAUAAGGCACACAUGUGCCUACUAAUACACUUUGUACAUAAACUUGUAAAAAUAGGUUGUAUUUUACUCUGUGUAUGAAUCUAAUCGAUGAUGGACAUUUUAUUUAUUAUAUGGAAAGCAUUGGUCUGUAAACUUUAGUAUAUACCUUAGGGUUUUUUAAUUAUAUAUUUUACAUUCUAUGCAGAUGUCAGUAGGAAACUUCCCCUCUGCUCCCCCAGGACUGUCUAAAGUCUGAAGUUCUCUAAAAUAUGCUCAGACAGUUGGUAAAGUAUUUUUCUCGCAUGCGUUAAAGUAGUUUAGCAUAGUGAAGGGGACUUGGUUCCUUUCUGUUCACAUUUGUGACAAAGUAUGAAAUUUAAAAUGUAAUCUAACUAGAUUAUAUUUUCACUUGUAAAUUUACUACCGACCUCAAGAAGUAAAUAGUAUUAGGUUAGAUUUAUUCACAGCCAACACCACCCUAAAAUGAAACAGUUUUAUUUUGCAACUAAACAGCUGUUCUUUCAGUAUUUGUCUUUUUCAACAAAGAGGGACCCAUUGAAAUCAAAUGUCACUUCUCCUAACUAUAGAGCUUCAGCAUUUUAUGUUACAUUUUAUACACAGGUAUUAAAAACAGAACCUGGUAUUAUUGCCAGAAUCUUUUUUUAAUGUAUAUUAACUCUGGUAAGAGCAAAUGUUCAAGUGAAGUUGUAUAUAAAGUUAAACUUUUCAUAUGAUCAAAUGUGUCUCUUGUUAUGAUGUGAUGAAUUGCCAAACAAUCUGAGAUUAUUUUAAGUGUUUUGUUGAUAUUCUGGUUUAUAAUUAAAAAAUAUUUUGGGGGUUGGAAUUUUACUUUUUUUUUUUCUUUAUUUCUCUUUUUUUUGUGAGGUUUUUUUGAACUUGUUGUAAGGCAGAUGUUUCCGUCAGAUAUUCUGCUAGGUUUCUUACUGAGAUUUUUAUAUAAAAAUUAUAAAAUGUUUG